AUGGCGGGCGUGGCGGCGUGCGGCUCGGUCAGCUCCAUCAAGGCCCUGUGGGAGACCCGGAUCAGGAGGAGCCAGGAGGAGCAGCAGAGGAGCCGAGCGAGGAGGGAGGCCGCCGCCGCCGGGAGGCUGUCCGGGGUGUGGGAGGAGCGCAUCGCGCUGACUCGGCUGAAGGAGAAGCUGCAGACGGAGGACGGACGCCUCGUCCUCAGGAUCCAGCAGGAAGACUGGAGGGUGCUGCCGGGCUGCCUGGCUCAGUUCACUCAGGUCCAGGAGUGGCAGAUUCACCGGGCCGGCCUCCAGCAGGUCCCUCACUUCAUCUCCAGCUUCCAGAACCUGCUGGUCCUGGAUCUGUCCCGGAACGCCCUGACGGAGCUGCCGCCGCAGAUCGGGCGGCUGGGCCGGCUCAGGGAGCUGCUGCUCAGCUGUAACCGGCUGCAGACGCUUCCUGAGGAGCUGGGAAGCUGCGAGAGCCUGGAGCGACUGGAGCUCGCCAUGAACCGAGACCUGAGCCAGCUGCCCGCCAAGCUGAAGAACCUGAGGAAGCUGCAGCGCCUCGAUCUGUCCAUGAACGACUUCUCCUCGGUGCCGGACGCCGUGCUCGACAUGCCCGAGCUGCAGUGGCUGGACAUGGGAGGAAACUGCCUGCAGAGUUUACCCGACGACAUCCACAGGAUGGAGAAGCUCCACACUCUGUGGCUGCAGAGGAACCAGCUGGAGAAACUUCCAGACAGCAUCAGCAGGAUGGCCAGCCUGGACACGCUGGUGCUGAGCGGCAACAAGCUGCGGGACAUCCCGCCGCUCAUGGAGAGCAUGAGCAACCUCAGGUUCGUGAAUUUUCGGGACAAUCCUCUGACGCUGGACAUCGAGCUGCCGGCCAGGAGGCCGCGGGCCGGGGCCGAGGAUGAGGAGGACGAUGAAGAUGACAGGGAGAUGUUUGGCCGGGAGUUCAUGCACUUUUACAUCCAGGAGGCCAGGAAGCGAGCGUACGCCGUGCUCAACAUGCACCGCGCCGGCCCCCAGCCGCCGCCGCCGCCGCCCUCUGCUCACUAACCCUAACCGCACUGAUGUGAGGCCCGGGGCCUUCACAGGGGGGCCCCUCAGCAGAAAGAGGAACAGUGUAAAUGCCCAUUAAAGGCAUCUGAUCCAGCAUCACUGACCUUAAAGAGGCCCUUUUAAUAAUUAUAUGGGUUUGUUGUAUUUUUAUUUUUUUAAUUUAUUUUUUGCAAAACAAUUUUCAGAUAAUUUCAGGUAAUUUUUGAUAAACCUUUUAAACACAGCAAAUCUGACCUGUUAUUUUAAAUGAUUUUAUUCAUUACCUUUU